AUGCCUCAGACUCCUCCGUUUUCUGCCAUGUUUGACAGCAGUGGUUACAACCGAAACCUUUAUCAGUCUGCAGAGGAUAGCUGUGGAGGGUUGUAUUACCAUGACAACAACCUCCUCUCCGGGUCUCUGGAAGCGCUUAUCCAGCACUUGGUACCCAAUGUGGAUUAUUAUCCGGAUAGAACAUACAUAUUUACCUUCCUAUUGAGUUCUCGGUUAUUUAUGCAUCCGUAUGAGCUAAUGGCCAAAGUUUGCCACUUGUGUGUUGAGCACCAGAGACUAAGUGAUCCUAAUAGUGAUAAGAAUCAGAUAAGAAAAAUUGCACCGAAGAUUCUUCAACUCCUGACAGAAUGGACAGAAACAUUUCCUUACGAUUUUCGGGAUGAAAGAAUGAUGAGAAACUUAAAAGAUCUGGCUCACCGAAUAGCCAGUGGCGAGGAGACGUAUCGGAAGAAUGUCCAGCAGAUGAUCCAGUGUCUGAUCCGCAAGCUGGCCGCUCUCAGCCAGUACGAAGAGGUGCUGGCCAAAAUCAGUUCCACGUCGACGGAUCGACUCACAGUCCUCAAGACCAAGCCACAGUCCAUCCAAAGGGACAUCAUCACGGUCUGCAGUGACCCUUACACGUUGGCCCAGCAGCUGACUCACAUAGAGCUGGAGAGGCUCAAUUACAUUGGCCCAGAAGAAUUUGUUCAGGCCUUUGUGCAGAAGGACCCUUUGGACAAUGACAAGAGUUGCUACAGUGAACGGAAGAAAACACGGAACUUAGAAGCCUACGUAGAAUGGUUUAAUCGCCUCAGCUACUUGGUUGCUACAGAAAUCUGCAUGCCUGUAAAGAAGAAGCAUCGAGCAAGGAUGAUUGAGUAUUUCAUUGACGUGGCUCGGGAGUGUUUUAACAUUGGCAACUUCAAUUCCUUGAUGGCAAUAAUCUCUGGCAUGAACAUGAGCCCCGUCUCUCGACUGAAAAAAACUUGGGCCAAAGUGAAGACUGCCAAGUUCGAUGUUCUUGAGCAUCAAAUGGACCCUUCGAGCAAUUUCUAUAAUUAUCGAACAGCUCUUCGUGGGGCAGCGCAAAGGUCUUUAACUGCUCAUAGCAGCAGAGAGAAGAUUGUGAUACCAUUCUUCAGUCUGUUAAUCAAAGAUAUUUAUUUCCUCAAUGAGGGCUGUGCCAACCGCCUUCCCAACGGCCAUGUCAACUUUGAGAAAUUUUGGGAACUGGCCAAACAAGUGAGUGAAUUCAUGACGUGGAAACAAGUGGAGUGUCCAUUUGAGAGGGACCGGAAGAUCUUACAGUAUCUGCUCACAGUACCAGUCUUCAGUGAAGACGCUCUCUACUUGGCUUCCUAUGAAAGUGAAGGACCUGAAAAUCAUAUAGAGAAAGACAGAUGGAAGUCCUUAAGAUCCAGCCUCCUGGGCAGAGUUUAA